AUGCAAUCUUUUUCUUUGUUUCUUUGCGCUGUUAGCGUCUUGACCUCCACAAUCAAUGCGGCGCGAAUCACCCAAAACAUCAAACACAUCAGAUCAGAGCCCUCCGAAGCCAACAAGACAACAAUAUACUCCCAGUCAAAGCCAGUGUUAUCAGCGAGCAAUUUAUCUCACACUUCACAGGAUUGGUUGGCAACACCACCUGCCAGCAACCCCAUUGUUCGCGAACCCCUCCCCGCAAAGGCCAAUGCCACGCAUAUAGGCAACAGUUACAGCGAAGGCCAGAUAACCGGUUACAAAGCAUUUCUCUCCCACCCGUCAACAAAUGCAUCUGCCCCUACCCACCUUUACACCGAGGACAAAACCUUCAAUCGAGGCCUGGUGAGAGGUUACCGGGCCGGGAUGAACCACCGUGCAUCUGCCAACUCAAGUGACUUAUCAGCGAGUGGCUCGGAACAAUACAUGAAUGGUCAACUUGCUGGAUACCGUGCGGCUCUCAAUCAAAAAGUUAGCAACCAUGCUCGAGUCAGCAAGCAAGAAUUUCCUACAUCCAUUCUUCAACACGAUGUCGUGUUCAACGCCGGCGCGCGGGCUGGCUUUGAAGCGGGUGCCAAUUCUCAUUUUUCACGAGCUCACUCUGGACACUCAUCACAUGAAGAAUUGUCUCGCGAAAAAUCCGAUGCCUCACACAAGCUCGUUUCUCAUUCUGAAAAGCACGAGAAAGGUACCGGUUCCUCUGCCAAAGAAGCAUCGCGUGUACAUGAGGUUUCAAGUAUUUCGGGUCAUGAUGAACACUCCUCCGUGAAGCAAGCUCAUCAUCACCACGUCACAGGUGAAAAACACGAUGUCCAAGCUGCUGCUGAACAACCAUCGGCUCCUAACAAUCAAACUCAACGUCUUGCAACGGAUGCCAACACCAAACCUGAGAAGGCAACUCACAAACACGAAGGACAUCGAGUCUCCCAUCCAUCCGCCGCCGGCGCCAGCCGCACAGUAGAGAAACCAAAAAAGACGAACGAUCAGAAUAAUGCAGCACAAUUCUUUGCAGGCCGUCAAGUGGGCAUGGAUGCAAGCACUCGUUUCCCUAACUCACAACCAUCUGCUUAUUUCAAAACGGACCCAUCCUUCAAUGCUGGAGUUCAAGCUGGGUUCGAGGCUAAUGUUCAAUCACAUUCCCCUCAAUAG